GAUUGUUCGGGAAUUUCAGGGAUCGGGCGGCGUUGGAUUCAUGCGUUUGUUAUCCUGUUCUUGGCUUGUUGCGUCCAAAAGAUUGCUGCUUGGAGUGGUUGGUUGGAGGCGCGGCGUCUUGUCGCAGCCGUGCCGAAUUCGCCUUCUAGCAGCCUGGCUGUAUCGGAUUGGGAUUGGGAUACAACUUGCAGGCGUGUUUCUUGCUCUUGAUUGCUUCGAAAAUUUUCCAUUUUUAAAAAACGAUCUCCUUUAAAAAAUGUUCAAAUUUUUUUCAUUUGUUGGUUGAUGACGUACAAGGGCAAUUUUGGAGGAAGGAUUCUGUUCUGCCGAUGUUUCCACUAGUCAUUUUUCUUGUUUGCAAAUUAGCCGGUCAAUUAAUUCUAGUCUUGUGCUUAAAGUUUAAUCACAGUUUAAGAAAUGACAUCUGUUCUGGCCAGGGGCACAAAUUCGAUUCUUUUCGGCCCAUUUCACUCGGUUUGUGCCCUCACCAACCGUCCUAACUUUCCUACCUAGCAUCAAGAGUAGCACUUACUUCCUUCAUUCAUUAACUCUGGAGAAUGUUUAGCGUCCUGCAAUCCAUUUUGUUGCGUGCUUGAUGCCUACAGCCUACCUGAGUUCGGCCACCUGCAUCAGCUGGAGAUAUUGCCUUCAACAUGGCUCCUCUGGCAGCAAUUAAUUUUGCGCAAAUCAUUCAACGAUUUGUUGUGUGUUACAUCAUACCGAUGUGAUUAGGACUGCUCUGCCAUUCGAAGGCUUCAACUAAUAGCUCCUGGGUGGGUUUGAGGACUGGUAGAAAUAUACCAUUUUGUUCCUGUCCAUAUAGCUGUAGGAUUAGGCAUCAGUUAUGUAUUAGUAAAAUUGUCGGCUAACAAUACAAAUAUAAAACUGCUCCCGGUAGAAAUAAUUAAUUUUUUUCCUUCACUUAGAACACAAGGAUAAGUUAUACUUCAGCUGUUGCUCACUGAAGUUUAGCAAGAUAGCGAAUCAGGUGUAAUCCUGUGGCACAAGAAAAGCUAGUCCGCUCCAUGGAAGCUCGAAUGCUAUGAAAAAGUAUUGUGGACUUUUUGGACAUGGUUUCAGAUAAAACUAGUUAUGAUGUCUUUCCUAUGCACGACCACAACAUUUCAUUGGACCAUGUGGCCUCUUAAAUAUGUAGAACCUUCUUGCUUUUCAAGAUGAAAAGCAACUUUAGUUGAUGGCUUGAUUUAAUUCACACGGUAGACUAGUGGCAUUCCCUUCAAGGACCAUGACUAGGUUAUCAUCUCUCUGCUUACUGCUUUAAGUACACUUCACUGCUUAUUGUCCUGUUUCUGAGAAUUCUUACUCCAGAGUUCAGCUUGUAUUUGGUGCUGUUUAACAAUCUAACCCUUCUUUGCUAAUUUGAUGUUACUUCUUUCUUUUGGUCUUCUAAAAAUUGUUGGAAAUUAUUUGCGCUAAAAUAGAAAUUUUUCCCCUAUUCAUUUUAGACCAGAGUAUUCAUCAGAUUAGUUACUUAUGGUUAUCCUUUGUUGGGUUAAAAUUUAUGGUUUUUUUAUCUCUCUAUGAGAAGUUUACUGGUAUGUUACUGUGGAGUAAUAUUCCAGUAGAAUUAAUCAAGAUGUCGGAAUUACUUAAUCAAAAAUCAUCAGUCCAAGGGAAAGUCCCUUCAGGCUAUUUUAAUUCUCUUUUUGAUUUAAGUGGAGCUUGGUUGACUGAUGCCAAAGAGACUGAGCAUCUAGCAUUUGAUGGAUAUUUCAUUUCCUUGUACAACUUGCACCUAAAAGCUUCACCGUUGGUUCUUCGCGAUGAAGUCAAAAAGGCUGUUCCAUCAAAGUGGGAUCCUGUUGCAUUAUGCGGGUUUAUCAAAACUUAUGGGACACACAUUAUUGUUGAAAUGGCAAUCGGAGGUCAGGAUGUCAUAUGUGUUAAGCAAAGUCACUCUUCAACCAUUUCAACUGCUGAUCUAAAGCUGCAUCUGGAGGAUCUUGGUGAUUUCUUAUUUUCUGAUGGGAAGAACCACUCCCCGAUACACCGUAAGACAAAGGAUGGCAAGAGCAAGGUGCCUGAUGUUUUUGUCAGGAUAGUGCAGCAGCCUAAUAACCUGCACCUUUCUAGCCAUUCUGAAUCAUCAACCAAGGAUGGCCUGACAAUUACAUGGUCGAAAAGGGGAGGAAAUGUGUACAUACCCAGCCACUCCAAAUGGCUACAAACAGUUCCAAAGAAUCCUGAUGCUAUUAUGUUUAAAUUUGUCCCUAUCACCUCCCUUCUUACUGGUAUUCCUGGUAGUGGUUACCUGAGCCAUGCCAUCAAUUUAUAUCUUCGCUAUAAACCUGAUCCUCAUGACUUGCAAUAUUUCUUGGAGUUUCAAGUGCCUCUACAGUGGGCACCUAUGUUUAAUGAGCUUGUCCUUGGGCCUCAAAAGAGAAAAGGCUCCUACCCUUCAAUGCAAUUCAGAUUUCUCGGCCCCAAGCUCCAUGUUAGCACUUCUCAGGUAUCUAGCUCUCAGAAACCUGUAGUUGGCCUGCGGUUAUAUCUGGAGGGUAGGAAGUGCAACCGGUUGGCUAUUCAUGUUCAGCACCUCUCCAGCGUUCCAAGCAUGCUUGGAGACAUUGCAUCUUCAAUGUCAGAGUGGCGUGAGUCAGAAGACACUGACCCUGGGUACAUUGAGGCCAUCCAGUGGAAGAAUUACUCGUGCGUUUGUACGUCCGUUGUCAGUUACAGUCCGGAGUGGCAUAAGAGAGCUCCUGGUGGGGUCUUCAUCGUCACCGGUGCGCAGCUCAUCACAAAGGGAACCUGGGCAAAGAAGGUUCUCCAUCUGCGCCUCCUCUACACUCACAUCCCAAACUGCACUAUACAGAGAACCGAGUGGACGAGAGCUCCAGCAGCAUCUCAAAAGGGCAGCUUCCUGACAACAAUAAGCACAACUUUGAGUUCUCCCUUUACACAGCGCGAUGCCCAGCCUGCCCCAAAGCAUGAGCCGGCACAGCUGAAUUCAGGCGUUUAUCCUGACGGACCACCUGUCCCGCUUCGGUCGAGGAAGCUUCUGAGGUUCGUCGACAUGUCGGAGGUGGUGAAGGGGCCACAUGAUGUCCCUGGGCACUGGUUGGUGACUGCUGCAAAGCUUGUCAAGGAAGGAGGCAAAAUUGGGCUGCAUGUGAAGUUUGCCCUGCUGAACUAUGGUGGACAGACACAGGGUGACAGUUUCAUGAGCUUGAGCUGAUCGUUGUACAUACAACAGCUUGCUGAUCUUUGUAGAUUUCAGGAUUUUGGAAGCAGCAUUAGGAUAAGGUCAUAAGGAUUUCUUAUUGAUUUUUUUGGCCGACAGAAAUUGUAUAGAGGACCGACAAUAAACCAGUGGUUUAUUGAGCGCUGUGUUACAGUGCUCCGUUCAUUUUCGUGCUGUGUAACUGGAGUCUGGUUGUAAAUUAUGAUAAUAGUUAUUUUACUGAGCCAUACAACAAUGAUCGACAAAAUUGAAUAGGAAGUACGGUGAGGCUAGUUGUUGGGGCGUAAUAGCGUUUCCGGUGGCAGAGCCAAUAGAGUUUGGUGCAUACAA